AAGCUUAAUAGCUAUAUCGGUCAUCUACAAAAUUCUAAAAAGUAAACCUAAUUGUUUUGUCAGAGAAAAUGGCUUUGAGUGGAGCUAGUAAUUACAAGGCGGAGACUGUGGAGGCUGAGGUAGAGAUCAAAUCCAAUUCUGGCAAAUUGUUCAAGCUCAUCAGCAACCAGCACCACGACGUUCCGAAGGCCUCCUCUGAUAAUGUACAUGAUGUUGCGGUACAUGAAGGUGACUGGGAAACUUCUGGUUCUGUCAAGCUUUGGAAAUACACCUUAGAUGGAAAUGUUGAAACUUUAAAGGAAAAGGUAGAAAUAGAUGAAGCGAACAAGUUGGUGAGUCUUACUGCUUUGGAAGGAUCACAUGUGUUGGAGAAGUACAAAAGCUGUAAGAUCAUCUUCCAGGUCACUCCAAAGAGUGAAGGAGGUUUGGUGAAAAUUACCCUAGGAUAUCAAAGACUUAAUGAGAACGAUCCGCCUCCACAUAAGUACCUCCGGUUUUUGGUCAAUGUCAUUCAAGAUAUUGAUGCACAUCUUCUUAAGGAAUAAUUGCACCAACAAGAUUUAUGCGUGCAACUUUGAAGGAUAAUUACAUAUAUAUGUAAUAAAAUAAGGGCAAGCUAUCCUUGUUGUUAGUACCGUUUCGGACUUGCAAUUUCUAUCUUGGAAUUUAUAGGCAAGAAUGAAUUGAAUUGUGUGCAAUAUAUAAGUAUAUUGAUUGUGUGUGAACAAGUUUUCCUGGGUGUAUUAACUCAUCCAAAAGAAUAAAUUAUGAUCAGUAUAUUGUGCUACUCC